AUGCGGGCAAGUCUACGUCUGCUUGCGGCCCCCGUUACGCCGUCAUUUAGACCAGGACAGCGAGCGCAAGCUCUGGCUUUACUCCCUCCCAUUCCUCUUUAUCGUCGUCUCCUGCGCAUUCACCGCAAGCGACUCAGCCCCGAAGAACGCGUCUUCGGCGACACCUACCUGAAAGCCGAGUUUCGAAGACACAGGGACAUUGAGAACCCGUUACACAUUGUCGGCUUUCUGACAGAAUGGCAACAAUACGGCCAGCAACUUGAAGGGGAGGAUUGGAAAGAGCAAAAGAUCGACCCGGCGUUGUUGGAUAAAUUGAGUGAUCAACAGGUCGGGCAGAUGUAUGAGCUUAUGCUGGCGAUCCAAAGGAGAGGGAGGGACAGUGUUGACGAGGAAGAGGAAGGAGAAAUUUUGAAGGCGAUUGAAGAGGCCAAGGGCUCAGGUACAUCGAACAGCUCAUGA